GUCUAUGGUGCAUAUGAGACUAUGAGAGUGAAGAAAGAGGUGGUAUAGAGGCUGAGGAUGAUUUCAAAGAUUCAAAAUCAAGAAACGUCAUUAAUAAAAUACAAAUGGUCUGUUCAUGUGUAUAAAUUUAUUGUACAUUUAUUCUGAUUUUAUGGUUUGCAAUUUAAUGUGAAGACUACGGAGAGGGAAGAGGGUAUAGAUAGUAGGUUACAAUAAAGAAAAGGAGGAAGAAGGUUUAUGAUUUGACUAGCCAGAAGAGAGACCCUGGAGGAAGUAUUGUUUUCCCAAGUAGUCAAAUGUGAAAUAGUGGUGUUUUGCAGGUAUUCUUUGGUGUGAAGCCGGAUGAAAAGAUCAAGUUUGUGUGUGGCAUUCAAAAGGCUCAACAUGUUAUAUUUGCUAAUUGGGUGUGUGUUUCCUUAGCAUCCUCACAUUUUGGAGUUGCUAUUGGAGUGGAAGCAUCCGGACGAUUGGAGUGGACGACCAUACUACAUCUAUUUUCAAUCUUCUUCUCCGUGCAGGUUAGGGACUGAAUUUUUCGGUUUCAAUUGCUAAUUUUUUCUCCAAUGGAAACACAUUCAUGACUCAUCAAGAGUACAGAGUCCUUCGCUAGCCUCGACUCACUCAGGUCAGUUUUAUUAUUUUUAAUUAAUUUUUUUAAAUUAUGAUUCCGUUUCUCUUUGUUGUUGUCCUCAUGAAUCCCUUGGUGCUAUUUGUGUCUUGAUUAUCCAAAAUAUAAUAAUAAAGUAAUCUAAUUAAAAGUUUUUGAGCAAAUCCAUCCAAUGAGAAUCUGCAAACUCCAGCGGCUGUGAUCCAAUUUGGGAUAUGAAAUUCAAGACCGGCAGGAGAAACCCGAUGCAGAAACGGGUUUAGGGUUUGAUAAGGCAGGAUUGAAAGUGCAAUCAAGGAAAGUGGUCAUAAUCGUAAAGCAAUCAAAAAAAGGAAAUUGCACAAAUGGGAAGUCAGUAAUCAAAUGGUAUUUAACUAUACAUUGAACCAUGAAAUUCUAUAAUUUAUAUAACUAGAGCUGAUCAGUUGAACAUUUUAGAGGUUUCAUGUUCAACGAGAAUUACACAAAUAUCUGUUCUUCUUCGUCCUUUAUCAAUUCAAACUUGGGCAUCAAUGGAUUGAUCCACAAAGCAGGACGGGAGACCAAGCUGGACUUUUCCACUCCCACCAGGGUGAUUAUCGAAGCUUACGUCGGUUGGAAAAAUAUAUUUCCCUGCAAGAUUUAUUUAGGCAUUCCUGGAUUGUUUUGCCGAGUAGGCCAAAAGUUAUAAGGGGCUGGUGACAUCUAAGCUGUGUUAUUUUUUGGGAUAUUCCACAAAAAUAAGUGUCCAAAUUAAACCAUGAUGGAGGGAGUGUAUCCGAUAUAUGCUUAUAAAUAAUUGAUUAAAAAAUCCAAAAGAUGGUGAGCCUAUAAUAGCAAUGUCUCUUUCCUCUAUCUCUAAUUCUAUUAUUUGUUUGAUGCCAAAACUAUGUAAAAGGUGCAAGUGCAACUAAGGCCGGGAAGAAGUGGAUCGCUAUAGAACUAAAGAAGUCGAUUUGGAAUGAAGUCUCCUAUAUUCCAACUACUAUUUGAGAGCAUCUAUAAAUUGAAGAGAGAUCAUAAUCACGUAUGGGUGGAGAGCAUACCGAGAGAAUGAGAGAUGACCAAUAGGGCAAGGAUGGACGAGGGCCUGAUGUUCGACCAUCUCUUUACAUUAGUGGAUGGAGUCUAGAGAGAGAAGAGUAGAGAGAGGGCAUUCCCGGUAGCUGCCUCCGGCGGCUGGAACAGCCUACCCGUAGUACCAAUCGGCUCUUCUCAGAGGUUUUGAAGGGAGACAAUAAAGUCUAUGGGCAAAUCAAAAUGGAGGGUUACAAUGGAGCACUUCUUACGUUCACCAACAAGGAAAUCCAGGUGCUGUCGUCAAAGUACAAGUAUGCUGUGGUUGGAAGAAUGGCCAAAUUUAUUGCCAACAACAGUAUUGCAGAGUCUCUCAAGAGGUCAAGGUUUGGGAGGGUUCAAAGUCAGCAUCCUAACUCGCUUCCAGGUGCAAGGAAGAAGCUAUAGAGGAAUCUACUGUGCUGCAUGGGCCUACUACUCACUUUAUUUGGAAGUCCAGAAAUCAUUGCUUAUUUUGAAGGAGAGGUAUCGAUGUUGAAGAAGCUUUUGCUCAUGUUAAAUUCAAACUUUGUUCCUAUAUUAAUAAUAGUAGAUCCAAAUGAAAUUUCCCUCUGUUAUAUGGAGUAGUUUCUUUUUUACUCCUUAGACUUGUUUGAUUGAGGUUUUUGUAAAACCCUUGUCUUUUGAUCUACCUCCUGGUGUGCUUUUCCACAGGAGUGUUUAAUAAAGUGCAUUUUGGUUAAAAAUAAAGUUUAUGAACAUUCAGAUUUCAGAUUUCAUUUUUAUGAACAAUACAAACCUCAGACAUUUGCUAAUCAAUGAUGUUAAUGCAACACUUUAAGAUUGUAUGUUAGAUUAAUUUUGUAAGUUUGCACACAUUGUUGUGACUUGUGAGGCAGUGGGUGAAAUGCCACCAGCUGUCAAUGGAUGAUUAGCCUUCAACAUUCUGCUUUUGUUGGCCUCACUGUGAUAGCUGAGAAAGAAGCCACCUAUUGGCAGAGGUAUACAAAAUAAGUUCCAGAAUCAAGUACAGGUUGGCAAACAUGUCUGGGUCAAUUUGCAGAAGUUGCCCAUUGAUAUUGAUGCCUUCCAGAUGGACAUGAUAGUUCUGCCUGAAAAGUAGAUAUGCCAAAAGGGAAGGGGUUCAAACUAAGGACAAUCUUAGCAAAUUCAUGGAGAUUUUUCUUGAGUUCCAUAUUUGUGACACUACAACGGAGGAUAUGGCUCAUCUUUUUCU